AAGAAGCGCAGUCUGUCAUGAUUGCUUGAUAAAGCAUUCAACAUGGGAGGCAAGCUUUCAGCUCGACGCAAAGAGAAACGAAAUGAAAGGCAGAGGACUCGUGACUUUUUGACUCGUGGAGAUGUUUUAGGAUUUGAUGUUAAAGACUGUGAAGAUGAGUGGAGCUGUUACUCUGGAGAAAUCAGCAGCUGGACUAAAACAGAAGAGAAAUGUUACGACCCUCAAGACGCCACUCUUACAUUUGUAGAAGGAAAUGAUGAUUUAGAUUUUUUGUGUGAAGACUUCAAGUCUCUCAGAGCUAAGAUGUCCUGCGGCCACGCUGUCACUCCGAUGUCUCUCACCCUCUGGUGUCGCUGUUUGCUGGACCGUGGUGAGUACAAAUUUGUGUGUGGCCAAACUGACUGCGAUGUCGAGUGGUCCUUCGAGGAGGUGUGCAAAAUGGCCCUCCUGACCGAAGAUCAAAUUGAAUACUUUGAGAAAACAGUGUUCAGUAACGCCUCCAAGGAUUACCUGGACGUCAAAUCAUGUCCUGGUUGCAGUUCUCGUGUGCUAAGAAGUGACCUCCAUGACCUGUGUGUCCAAUGCCCAGUGUGCACAGCCAACAAAGGGGAGGCUUAUAAUUUCUGCUGGCAGUGUUUGAAGAAAUGGAGAGGUCCCCGUUUAGACCGCUGUGGACGUAGGGACUGCCAAAACCCACUGGCCAUAUUGAGAACCUGCCCAGAUAUCAUCUUUGAGGACGUGGAGGGGGUCAAUGGCUGCCCGUCCAUCCGGGCCUGUCCCACCUGUGGUUUGCUGGUAGAGCAUAACAGGACCCAAUGUAAAAACAUUGUCUGUGCCCGGUGUAAAGUGGAGUUCUGUUUCGUCUGCCUGAAGCUCACUGAAGAGUGUGCGGAAUACGACGACGACGACGACGACGAUAGCGACGACGACGACAGCGAACACGAUGUGUUUUACCAACUUUGUCCCAGUGGUGUAGCACCGAGGCAGACCUCUUUACCCGUGUGGAAGAGGACAUAAUUUAAAAAAUAUUUAAUAGGUUCAGAAUCACCAUAACCGUUGUUACCUAGAAAACCUUGCACCUUCUUUCUUUCUCAAACCCAUCAUUGUAAUUAGGUUUCAAGGUUUCAAGGUUUCAAGGUUUUAUUGGUCAUAUGCACAGCAGAUACAACGUAUAUGUUGGCAAUGAAAAUCUUAUGUCCCAUGCUCCUCCAACAACUCAACAUACAUGGUGCAAUAAGAUAAAUAAAAUAGUGCAAAAAGAGAGAAGAAUAUUUACAAUAACAACAAUAAAGAUUUGAGGAUGUGAAAUAUAUACAUAUGUGGAAUACAUGGAGAGUAUUUAAACACUUUACACUGUUGAAUGAGGAGGUAUGGGCAGAUGCAUAUAUUACGUAUAACAGAUGUAUAUGGCAGAUAUGUAUAAUAUAUAGAUAUGUGUAUGUAUGUGUGUACUAUAAAAAGAUGUGAGUAGACAUUCACACAGCUCAGGAGUUCAGCAGUCUUAUAGCCUGUGGUAUAAAACCGUCUCUGAGUCUGGUGGUCUUGGUCCGGAUGCUGCGGUACCGUCUGCCAGACGGUAACAUGUUGCCUAUUGUGAUUCUUUAACACUCUGUUUAUUCUAUACUUUGUAUAUGUAUACUUUUUGGGAUGAUAUGCAUUAAGUAUGUAUGAACAGUAAAACAUGGAUAGGAUAAAAUCUAAAUAAAAAGUGAUGUGUUCAA